AUGUCCACCGAAGUCUACAACUCGUUCGUCACCAAGAUGCGACAAGGGGGGAUCGCGAGCACAUUGAGCGUCCGUCUCGUGACAUCCAACGAAAUUGUCGGCUACGCAAAAGCGGCGGGCUACGACGGCAUUCUCAUCGACAUGGAGCACUCGAGCAUGGACAUGCCAGCUGCCACGCAGCUCUGCGUCGCCGCCCUCUACGCCAACAUAGCGCCUGUCGUGCGCGUCCCGGAGAACUCGACGACCUACAUUUCCCGAGCGCUGGACGGAGGCGCCCUCGGCAUCAUCGUUCCACACAUCCGCUCCGUCGCGGACGCGCAGAAGGCCGUUGACGCGUGCAAAUUCCAGCCGUUCGGCACCCGCUCGGCCACAGGAGGGCUGCCGCAAUUUAAUUUCCAGAGCCUGCCGCGAGCGGUGGCUACCGCCGCCGCCAACGAGGCCACGGUCGUCAUACCCAUGAUUGAGACUCCUGAGGCACUGGCGCUGGUUGACGAAAUCGCUGCCCUUGAAGGCGUGGACUCGCUUCUGAUUGGAACAAGCGACCUCUCGGCCGAACUGGGCAUCCCAGGAGACUUUGACCACGUUCUCAUCGCCGAGGCGUAUGAAAAAACCAUCGCUGCCUGCAACAGGCACGGCAAGCAGGUGGGCGUGGGCGGUCUUAAUGCUCGGCUCGAUCUGGUAGAAAAGUUCUGCACGAUGGGUGCUUCCUGGGUUAUGGCCGGGGCGGACAACGCCAUGUUGACGGCGGCCAGCAAGAAGAGGGCCAAGGAGAUGUGUAAAUUGGAGAAUAGAGUCCUACUUGAGAGGCCAAGGCUUACUACCAUUGUGCCGUCUAAGUUGACAAACGGACACGCGUGA